UGUCACUAGAAAAUAGAAAUAUUCAAAUUUUAACACUCUGAAAAUCAGUUCUCUCUCUCUACAGACCGGUAGUGCGAUCUCUCUCUCUCUUCGGGUGCUGUGGUCUGUGGAGAAGGCUAAAUUCCGAAUUCGAACUUCUCUUUUCAGGUAACAAUUCCCGGACCCAAACAUAGCGGUAGCUUUAGCGCAUCGGACAUCCUAUAAGACACAGAAAAUAAUAAUUAGAAAAAACAGUGGUGAGUUUGAAGGAUAAUGGCUGCUUCUCAGUUACAGAUUGGAGGUGAUGAAUCCGUCCUUUUACGGGUUACUCACUCCAAUAUGAAGACUUUUUCUCCUGAAAUCCGUUUUUCUCUUCAGAUGACAGUGGAAGCCGUGAAAGACAAGCUUUGGAGAAAGUGUGGUACUUCUGUCGAUUCAAUGUCCCUAGAGCUCUAUGAUGAAACUGGUGCUAAAAUCUCAGUCCUAAGCGAUAAUGCAAGACCGCUUGGUUUUUAUUCUCCACUGGAUGGUUAUCGCCUACAUGUCAUUGAUCUCGAUCCAUCAUCAGUGACUUCUGGAGGUUGGCUCGAGGACACAUCACUUGUGGAGAAGUAUACUAUCUCUGAAGAGGCUUAUGGGAAACUUGGUGGUACUUUCAGAAAAUUCAAGGAAACAUUGCCGCUUAAACAACCCCCUGGUCAAGAAUCUAAAAUAUCUGACAACGACAUGGAAGAUCUUUGUGCAAAUAUUAAGAUAGGGGACAGAUGUGAAGUGGAACCUGGAGAGAGAAGAGGCACGGUCAAAUUUGUUGGUCGGGCAGAAACACUUGCACCUGGGUUUUGGGUUGGAAUUAAGUUUGAUGAACCAGCUGGAAAACAUGAUGGCAUGGUGAAAGGGAAACGUUACUUUGAGUGCCCUCCCCUUCAUGGUGCAAUGGUCCGACCAGACAAAGUAAAGAUUGGAGAUUAUCCAGAAAAAGAUCCCUUUGAGGAUGAGGAAAUUUAAGUGCAUAGGAUUCCCCUAUUUGCUGUUCCUUUGGUUUGAUAUUUUAAUGGAUGGGAGAUGCCUGUUUCAACUAUCUAGCUGAGCCAAAAAGAUGGUCGAGCCUAGCGUAAUUAAAAGUCACGAAAAUGAUGAUUUCACGUCGAUGAUGAAACCUGAGUGAAUUAAACAUUUAGAUGGCAGUUGCAUACAGAUUGCUGCACUCAAGUAUGAAACCUGAGUAAAUUAAACAUUUAGCCGGCAGUUGCAUACAGUGUCUCUGUUUUAAUGAUUGAUCAUCAGUAAACCAUGUAAGCAAAGUCUUCCAGAGAUUUUUAUUUGAGUGGAUAGAAACUGGUGACGGGGUUCACUUUCAUUACCAA